GAUGGUGGCGUUGACGGAAGCGAUGGAAAAGGAAAAGGAAAAUGAAGAAGGAAAUGGCGGAGGCUCUGGCGAUGAUGGUUUCCUAAUGGCCACGUCAGAAGAUGGUCGACUGUACUACGAUUUACUGUUGAGGGGAGCACAAACGCCCAGCCUGAAGGAGACAUCCUAUCAGGUCAGCUCCCAGUUGGACCUCGCUUUCACCUCAGCUCCUUCCCUUAGAAAGCAGAUGGACAAACAGCUAACGGAGUCCCGCGAUGCCCUGACCUCGGCCUUCAAAGACAUAAGGUAAUCGACGGAGGAACAGCGCAGCCUGGUGGAGGGCGUGUUCCUGCGGGUGGGUUAGCUGCACAGCCUCGUCAUGGGGGAGUUCUCCGGCAUCAAUGCGGAGGACAUCCAGUCGGCGGCACUUGUGGUGAGGGCCGUGAGGCCCCUUGCAUCCACGUUCGGGACGUUGCUGGUGGUGUACUCCGCCCUCUGCUUCAGGGACCCAUUGGCGGCGGCGGUGGCGCGGCUGGAGGAGCUUACGCAGGCAACGCAGGAGCUCAAGAAACUCUUCGGCUUCGGCGGGGGUGCGAAUCAGGCAUUAGAACAAACAGUCGCUGGAUCGCUUAUGGAAGUCUUCGAGUACAGCGACUCCUUCGACGACACCUACUACCCCAACGACGAGUCUGACCUGGAGGAAUGCCUGGCUAUGCCCAAUAUCCACCCCCCGCCGAUGUGCAAGACGAGGAACACAUACCCCCUUUGGCCCCGCAAACCCUCCUCCCCGAAUCCCGUCCUUGAUAGCUAUCGAGUCCCCCACCGCCUUCAGUCUCCUCGUGGAACGUAAGUGGAGUUUGAUGCGCCGGAUUGCGCCCUCCUGCCGAACUCAAACUGCAGCAGGAGUCAGAUCAGGAGGAGGCCGGAGUGGUGCAGUAAUGCGAGGUGGGGUGGGAAGAAGUGUUUGCUGCCCUCUAUCGGUGUAAUGAGUAAGUAGAUGUUAUGUUCCUAUUAUAAUAGGACGGUGUUUGAAAUUAAUCUGCAGCUUGUUUAUUUAUCAUUGGAAGUGAAUAGAUUUAUGUCAUAUUCCAGGCUCUUUGUUUUUGAGGGCGGGGGGAAGUAACCGUGUAUGUAAAGAUAUUGAUAUGACUGAUUUCAUUGUGUUUCUUUAGUUCUGUUGUUGAAUUCUCAUAACAUAGCUUAGUUUCUACUUUUUAUACCUCGAAAUUUCAAUGUUUUUGUUUUGUUUUUCUUUUAUUUGUGUGUGGUGCUUGUAAGGUCUACAAGUAUUAUAGAACAAAUAUUUAUUUUAUUUUAAAAA